AUGGAAGGAACGCAAAUAGACGAGUGCGAUAAAAUUACUACCUUGGAACUGCAAAAAUCCAAGCGGGUACUUCACUUCAGCGAUGGAACAAUGGAAGACUUUUCCGAUAGCGAUGGCGAAGAAACAGUGGACACCGCGGACAUGAAUGUCAAUAUAGAUGUUAAUACCUUACCCACCGUUCCUCGUAUUAAAUAUAAGGUAUAUCAAGCAGGAUGCAAAUUUUUGAACGGCAUUGAUUACGUCGGAGGAGGAUUGGCGAAUUUUUUGGGAAUCACAUCACCAAAAUUUAUGAGUGAGUCUGAUAUUGAAGCCGUUUAUAAGGAACAAGCAGAAAAAGAAGUUGAGGAAGAGUCAAAUUCUACAUGGAAUAAUCAUAACAACAACAACGAGCCAAAUACAGUCAUAACAAGCUAUCCACGGACACAUAUGUAA